UUCUUAACGAACAAGGUUAAUUGAUAUCAUAGACCAUAGUCAUAGUGUACUGAUGCACUUUGAAUAACAGUCUUGUUAAACACAUUUUCAAUUUCAUAUUUUAUAAUAAAAGUUAUUAUAUUAUAUGUAUUUUAAAUGUUGAUACUAUACCACAAAAUUACAGAACAAUUGAUAUAACUGAAAUUAUGACGGACUGGUCGCUGUGAAUAAUUGGAGUUUUGGAUGUAUGGUGUAAAACUUUGGUACCUAGGUAGUUUUAUUCUGUUUUUUUGUGGUAGUGGUACUUACCGAAAUAACGAAACGAAUGAAAUAUAGUUCAUAAUGUUACCGGUGAAAGGUAUAUGUAUGGAAAUGUGUCCCAAAGAGGAAAUGAUGAUGAGAAAAUCUAAGAGACUUGUACACCAGUUGGAAUGUAACCCUCAUAAAAUGGUUAAAUGUUUUAGCCGUUCAGCUGCUGGUAAUUCAUUAAGCAAACCUCAUAUUUUAAGACCAACACCAGUUCUAAGGAAAACUAUAUCAUAUCUCCUAAAUGAGGUGCUCACUAUUAAAAAUGUACCAUUUAAUAUUGUUUAUGAUUUUAUUGAUGACCGUUUAAAUUCUAUAAGACAAGAUGCCACUAUACAAGCCGUGUCUAAUCAAGAUUGGAUAACUAUUUUGCCACCUAUUAUUCGGUUUCAUGCAUAUGCAGCUUAUAAAUGUUAUGAAUAUGAUGUAAACACGUUUGAUCCGUUUUUAAAUAUGAAGCAUUUUCAUGAAAGCAUUUUUAAAAUUGUUAAAAUAUUGUUAGAAGACUCAGACAGAUCAACAGAUGAACUUUGCUCAGAAAUGGUAUCUCUUCUGGUUGUUACUAAUUUAGGUGAUUAUAAUGUUCUUCAACAAGCUUUGCCGUUUAUAUCAAAGAAAAAUACUUUGAUCAACAUGGCAGUGCUAUUAUCACUAAAUAUCAUGAAUGGUAAUUUUGGACAAUUAUGUAAAACAUACAAUACAUUUCCAGCCAUACAUCAGUGUGUUAUGAGUGUACAAUUACCGAUGCUAAGAAAGAACAUAUUAAAAUCAAUGUGUAUGGGUUUUAAUUGCAAAAAUAAUUACUAUCCAAUUUCAAUCUUAUCUAGAAUGUUAUUGCACAAUGAAUCACGAGAAACCAUCAAAGAGUGUCAACAUUACUGUUUAACAGUAAUUGAUGAUAAAGUGGAAUUAACUAAGUCUUCAUUUAAUAAUGAAGUGGAUGAGUUACAUUUGAUAAAGGAGAUCAAAUUCAAAGUUAAUAUAUCAACCCUGGUUCUUAACACCUAAUAUAAAGAUAUUUUAAGUGUUAUUUGUAAGUAUUAUAUAAUAUUUAGUGACAUUUGUGCCUGUUACAAUAUUUUGUAUUGUAUACAAAAGAAUUAUUCUUUUUGAAAAUAAAUUAUUUUGUUCAUAAUUUUUUU